CUCCAAAAUUCACAGUGGUAAUCAAUGGGAACCUAAAGAAAGUGGUGUGCAAAAUAAUGCAUGAAGAAGAAAAAUUGCCUUUAGUUGCAAGUGAGUCAAAAAGUGUGAUAAAAGGACAAAGUGGAUUAUUUGUAGAAGCACCUGUGUAACGAGUAGCUGUGGUGGCACAACACACUGCAAAGAUACGGCGAAAAAUGUGGUCGUUCUUUUCACGGGAGAAAAAUGACUUCCCAUAUGAGAUUGGUGAUGAGGUGCAUGGGCUGGAGUCCUGGAGUAUUUGGAGUCUCCACCGGGGUAGGAAGAAAGGGGCCGUGGCAGAUGAAGUGUCCAUUUUUGUCUAUGACAUUAAGAAUGGAACAGAAGCUAAACUGGAAUUGGCCAGGGCUUCCCUAAAGCGACUCAAGACACUGCGACAUCCCAGUAUACUCCAAUAUUUGGACAGUGUCGAGACGGACAAGGUGCUGUACGUGGCCACUGAGUCAGUUGAGCCACUAGGAACACAUAUCGAGAAAUUGGAAACAGAUGGACCACAGAAAGAUCUUUACCUGGCAUGGGGAAUCUUUCAGAUUACGAGAGCCUUAUCAUUUCUCAACAAUGACGGAAGCUUGCGCCACAAUAACGUGUCCGUGUGGUCGGUGUUCGUGAAUACAUCGGGCGAAUGGAAGCUUGGUGGCCUGGAGUACGUGUCUCCUGUGGAUGGAAAUCCCGCACCUCCACUCAAAGUGCCCCCACAGCUGGAACUGUACGAUCCGCCCGAGAAAUCGGAUACGGCAAAGCUCAAAAGUGCCACAAAAUGUUCCACGGACAUGUGGGCACUCGGAUGCCUGGUCUGGGAGUCAUUCAAUGGCAAACUCCGUGCCAGGAGUAAUCUCAAGGAGAUCGAGAAUAUCCCCAAGAGUCUAACGCCUCUGUACUGUGAACUGGUUGGAGCUUUGCCUGCCAAACGACCCAAUCCGGCGGAUAUUAUCACAAAAUGCCGCAAACCUGGAGGAUUCUUCAAAAAUGACCUCGUGGACACUCUGCUCUUCCUCGAAGAGAUUCAGAUUAAGGAUAAAGCAGAGAAAAAUCGCUUUUUUGGCGCACUCACGCCUCAAUUGGACAAUUUUCCUGAGAAUGUCUGUCGACACAAGAUCCUACCGCAAUUGAUUACGGCCUAUGAGUACGGAGAUGCAGGAUCAGCUGUCCUGGCACCUAUGUUUAAGCUGGGUCGCCUCCUGGAUGAGGCAGAGUACCAGAAACGCAUUGUUCCGUGCGUGGUAAAACUCUUUGCGUCCACAGAUCGUGUCACGCGAUCACGAUUACUCCAGCAAUUGGAUAUGUUUGUGUCCCAUUUGCAGCCGAAUGUGGUGAAUGAUCAGAUAUUUCCACAAGUGGCUCAUGGGUUUCUCGAUACCAAUCCCACAAUUCGCGAGCAGACGGUCAAGUCGGUGAUCCAUCUGGCACCGAAGCUCAACUACAACAACCUCAAUGUCGAGGUGCUGCGGCACUUUGCCAGGCUGCAAGCACGUGACGACCAGGGUGGAAUUCGCACAAAUACCACAGUUUGUCUGGGCAAGAUAGCCCCCCAUCUGCAUCCGCAAGUGAGGCAGAGGGUACUCGUGAGCGCCUUCAUCAGGGCCAUGAGGGAUCCCUUUCCACCAGCUCGAGUUGCCGGGAUUCUCGCUCUUGCAGCUACACAGCAAUAUUUUCUGCUCACGGAAGUCGCUACAAGAAUUCUCCCGGCACUUUGCACACUCACGACGGACCCGGAAAAAUCUGUCCGUGAUCCAGCAUUCAAGACAAUUAAAGGAUUCCUCGGGAAGCUAGAACGGGUAUCUGAAGAUCCCAGCCUCAAAGAAACAAUGGAGGCUGAUGUCCAUACAGCAACACCAUCGUUGGGUAAUGCCGCCGCAACGUGGGCUGGAUGGGCAGUGACGGCCGUAACGGCCAAAUUUUAUCGCAGUCAGAGUGAUUCUUCCCGACCACGUCCUCCGCUCACCAGCAAGACCCUCAGCAAACCCGCUUCUCUCGAACAACCAUCGAGCAGUAGUUUGUCCACGACGACGUCCAGCGUGACUUCCAUGACGUCCCUGGAGCAUGAGAGCAAUGACACAUCAGCAUCUGCAAGCGAUUACGGCGCCGACAAUUGGGACAAUGAGAAUUGGGGCGACAUGGAUACAUCGCAGGAUCCGAGUAGUCCAACAGCUGGAAAUGCGAUGCCAUUAGGAUCAUCUGCCUUAAGUGCAGCCGGAGGUCUGGAUAUUAGAGACGGAUGGGAUAAUGAGGAAUGGGGAAGCCUCGAAGAGGAACCGAAUGAAGAGAUUGAGGAGAAGCACGAAGUGGAACAGAUAAACGAUAAAGCCAAACCGACAAUGAAUUGCAACAAUCUCAGCCCGGUCAGUGAUAAUAACACGAAUUUUAACUCCAACUGGAACAGCGAUUCCUGGGCAGAUGGAGAAUUUGAGCCGAUUGACGAUGUCACGACGGGUAAUCCAAAAUUGGACGAGGCACGCCGGAAACGCGAGGAGAAAAAACUGCAACGACAGCGAGAACUUGAGGCACGACGAGCGGCUCGUGGUCCGCUCAAAUUGGGUGCCAAGAAGCUCUAAAAGAGCUUUUUCAAAUCGUGUGUUUACCCAGAAGAAAAACCAAAAGAAGAAAAAAGUUGUGACUCGAACUUGUCGUGAUUUUCCUUGCUCGGUGUUUAAGAGAAAAAAAAAUAAAGGACAGAUGUAAUAGGGGGGGAGGGAGUAUUUUUAGCUAAAUGAAAAAUUCUAUUUGAUAAAUACAGGUUCUAUACGUACUUUCAUAGUAUAAUUCUAAUACCAUUUGGGAAAAAAAAGAAAAUGAUAAAAAUCGCAUUUGAAGAAGCAAAAAAGAAAACUGUCUUCAUGCCCAUAUGAGAAACUUGAUUGCCCUUAAACUAUCAGUCAUUCUUUAUUAUGAAUUCUCUUGGGAAUCCAUGGGAUUUAUAUGGGAUAUUUCGUGGAAUUGAAUUUUCCUCUUUGUGGUGCAUGAAAACAAAUGUGUCAUAGGGGAAUAUUAUGAAGAAUAUUGUGGAGAUGAUAUAAAUUUCACUUAAAAUAUCGAUUUGUAUAUGAUGUUGUGAGAUAUUCCUCGAUUUUUUCCUCCAAGAAAAAAAAGAAACAUUCUUGCGAUAGACAUUAAGAAAUUAAAAAAAAAGUUCUUAUUAAAUGUGAGAGAAAGUUUAAAAGAGAAAAAGAAAUUUAAAAAAAAGAAAUACAUUUUCGAAUGGAAACCGCGAAUGUGAGAGAAUGGAAUAUUUUGUGUGUUUGACGUUUCCUUCUCCAAGAAAAAAAAAUGUUUAAUAAAUCCCUUUUUACUCCAACUUUCCUUUACAAAACUCACAUUGACCAAUUACUCUCUGAAAAAAUUUAUUUUCCCCCCUUUAAAAUUCAGAGGGAAAAUCUAGCAUUAAAAGAAAAUCAUCAUUAACAAAAAAAAGUCUUUACCGAAAUAUACCACAAAAUUCUAUAUUAAAAAAAAUAUGUUACUGUCACACACAUUGAACGUUUGUCAACAAGAAAAAAAACAACAACAGAAUAUUGAAGAAGGGAUUAUUAAGAAAAGAAUAAUUAUAUAAAACUUAUAAAUGGCCUUUUUAUAAAAGAGAGAAAGAAAAAAACACAUAAACUGAAAAAAUGGUUCAUUUAAAUUUUAUUAAGAGAAAAAUUUGAAAGAAAAUCUUAAGUAAAAAAAAAUUAUUUUCUAUCAUAAACUUAAGAAGAAAAAAAAAUGAAUGAAAAUCCCUUAAUCUGAGCUUUCUUUUCCUCUCCAUUUCUUUCUAAAUACUAUAAUGCCCAAAAAUAAUCUCCUUCCACAACAGAGAUUUAUCAUUGUUUCUUUUCCUCCAUCUCUCGUCAAAGAUCUUUCCCAGAAGCCUCUGCAAUUUUUCCCCGAAAUGCAAAAUUGUGAAAGAACAAAUCAAAUUUCUAAUUCUAGUCCGAGAUAGAAAGACAAAAAAAUCAAUGGAAAAAUGCGAAGAAAAUAUUUGGUGAGAGAUGAACAUUUGUUGUAAAAGUGUAAACUGAUUAAUUUUAUUUUAUACUUUAUGUGAUUCAAAUACACUCACAUAAACUAAAUAAAUCCACCACCGUUGUUUAA